GCUUACAGCGAUCGCUGGGCUCUGGGUGUUUCAGUCGUCAAACGGCAGCAUCCAACAUCAGUCGCUAGUUGCGGAAUCCACAGAAGUCAAAGAGUCAGCGGAUAUAUUGCUCACCUGGCUGAUCUUACAAGAUGUUCAACAAUCAUCGGCUUAUGCUUUUCUGUCUCUGCUUGGGAGCACUCCUAAGCCUAUCCCUGGCCAUCGAAGAAACCUCGGACAUCGAAGAAGAUGUGAUCAGCAUAGCCAAUCAAACGCAGAAGGUUAUCCGGGUACACCCACAGGAUCUGCCACCCAAAAAGGACAACACCGGCAAUCAAAUGAACUCGGCCUUCUUCCAAAUCCAAACCCUGCGACCUGCAACAGGAUCAGGAUCAGGAUCGGGAUCUGGAAACGGACCCCGUCAAUAUGUGGACUCCAAACAGAUGCGGAAGAGGCGCCCUCGUCCCGCCAAGCUGCUAGGUGGAAAUGUGGCCGCCAGUGGUGAAGAUGCGACGCAGCCAGCCUUGAAAUACGAACUAAAAGCCUUUCCCAAGCAGAAACUCAAGCAGCAGAAGCAGCUAAACUUGGACGCUAAGUCGGCUGGAGAGUUGUCGUUGUCCGCUGGAUUGGAGGUGGAGGCCCAAGGUCAAGUAUUACCCGUUCAGAUGACACCGGGCCCCUAUCCCAUCUACUAUGUGGUGUCCAAGACCAACGGACGCUUUGGCAAGUUUCCCAUCAAGUCGUUUCGUUCGCCCUCGGAGUUCGCCAAGUAUCUGAUAAAAAGCAAGGCGGAGCCCAUUGCCCGGGACCAGAGAUUCGAAGUGAUCUUGUGAUCUUCUCUUCUACGUAACUUAGUCAAAGUAAAUGCCUAAAUUAUUACCCCCUAAUCGUAGUCGUAACUAUUUUUUAUUAUAAAUGCUAAUUGCCGCAAUAAACCCAUGUCUAAAUUUAGCAAAACAAAACAAAAACAAAACAAAAGCAAA